AUGGCCGAACGCCACCAUCCCCGUGAAGGCUCCGACACCUCCCUCAACCAUAGUGUGCCAUCAAACCGUUCUAGCACUGACUCCCGCUCCCCCUCCGCGUCCACAAGGAGCCAACCAGUCCGCAUGUCUGCGCCAAACCACCAGCACCGCCAGAGCUUGAGCGAGACGCUACGCGGACCGCCAGGCUCUCCGCGUGCGCGGCGCCAGCCCUCGUUGACACAGUCAGCCAUUCAGAGCUUGAUCGAUAACCCCCCUCCCCCGAAAACGACCGACCCUGCGUUUCUGGACCGCGACUGGGGAGAGAUCUCGAUCGGCGAGCUCGUAAGGCCGGACGACCUCAAGUUCGUCGAGUUGGAUACGGGGAUUGAAGAGGCUACCAAUAUAUUGAUUGAUACCGGCGCACCGGUGUUGCUCAUCCGCAAGACUCCACAAGAUACCUCUGCUGUGGGCACAUUCGACUAUGCAGACCUCAACUCGUACUUGCUGUUGGCAGCAGGAUUGACAGUCCCUGACGAGUCACACCGCUCCUCAUACGAAGAAUUGGCCAACAAGGCCCGCGAAGGGGUGAAGAUCCCUCUUUCGGAUGUCAAGUGCUUGGGCAUGGAGAAGGAGCCAAUGGUUACCCUUCCGGCCUCAGCGAAUGUUAUGAAAGCAGUCGAAACAUUUGGAGGAGGCGUGCACCGGGUGGUGGUGACGAAGGAGUCCAACGACAACGAGGUGGUUGGCAUUUUCAGUCAAUUCCGGCUGGUCAAAUUUUUGUGGGAGAAUGGUCGCAGCUUUCCGAUUAUUGACCAAUUAUAUCCGCAAGCUCUGCGGGAUCUACGCAUAGGGUCCCACGAUGUGAUUUCUAUCAAUGGAGAUAAACCUUUAUGCGAGGCCCUUCAGACGAUGAACAGUGAAGGGGUAUCAUCCAUCGUGGUCGUCGACAACCACUUCAAUGUGAUUGGAAAUAUCUCUACUGUGGAUGUCAAGCUUCUGACGCGCUCAUCAUCACUGCCACUACUUCACAACACUUGCAUACAUUUCAUUUCAGUCAUUCUGUCUACACGGGGAUUGGUCGAAGGCAAGGACUCAUUCCCAGUCUUCCACGUAAAUCAAGGCUCGACGCUGGCACAUACAGUCGCGAAACUCGUUGCGACUCGAUCACAUCGGCUGUGGGUGACUGACCCAUUGUCACCAUCCUCGUCCGGCCCUCCAACUCCCUCUCAUUCUGCAGCACACGUCCCUCUGGCUAUGGGCCCAACAAGCCAGUCUCACGGUACAUUGUCGCCUCCAGCAUCCCCUCUUCCUCCCAGCAUGAACCCCCCCACACAACCUCCAAACUAUACGACCCCCCACCUGCCAAGCCCCCCGCAGCCCUUUACGAGUACGAAUUCGCAUUCUCCAAUCCCGACCUCCAUCCCCGCCUCGGCGUUGCCCGGCGCCUCUCUGUCUGGACGGCUGGUUGGCGUGGUCAGCCUGACAGACAUUCUCAAUCUGCACGCGCGAGCGAGUGGGCUCAGCCCCGCGGACCCUGCAGAGACUCGAAGCCGCCGCCGCCGCAGCAGUUCAUCCAGCUUAACCAUGCAACGCAGUGGCGAUGUUGGUCGUGAAAUGUUUAGCCGGGGUGGAAUGUAA